AUGGACAAUUUGAUAAGAGGUUACGCGCGGCACUAUCCAAUCUCGGAUGGAGUCUCACGAGCACAGAGCAGCGCGCGCCUGCAACGAAUAAAUACCAACACAAAGAUGUCCAUAGUCCCAAUGAUGUUCCGCGACUGGUGGGAUGAUUGGGAUCGCCCCUCCAGGCUGCUUGACCAGCACUUCGGCAUGGGUCUCCGGAAAGACGACUUGAUCUCCUCCCUUUCCUCCCUCCCAUCGAGCUCCAUUUUCCGCAACUCCUACUUUAGGCCAUGGAGAACGAGCCUCGCCAGGCAAGAGUCUGCGUCGACGAUCAAUAUGACAAAGGAGAAAUUUGAGGUCAUCCUGGACGUGCAGCAGUUCGCGCCGGAGGAGAUCACCGUGAAGGCGUCCAACAACUGCGUGGUGGUCGAGGGCAGGCACGAAGAGAAGCAGGACGAGCACGGGUUCGUGUCACGCCAGUUCACGCGCCGCUACAUCCUGCCGGCGGGCUACGACACGGCCGACCUCGUCAGCACGCUGUCGUCAGACGGAGUGCUUACGGUGACGGCACCCAAGCGCCCCCCGCCGAACAGCGGCGAGCGGAUCGUGCCCAUCACGAAGACGGGGCCCGCCAAGCCGGAGACCAAGCCGGAGCCGCCCCGCGAGCAAACCGUGCCCAUCGUCACCUCCCCC